GUCAAUCUUAUCUUCUUAAUAAUAAUAUUUAUAUUUUUUCCUUUGUGAAUGGUACACUUAUUGCAUUAUUUGUUUUACACUCCUGGAAAUUUAAACUAAUUAUUUCGAAAGUUAAUUAUGUAAUACUGUAGCGGACACGAGGUGAAAUGUUUCACUGGUGGUCCAAGAAAAAGUAACGAAUCCCAGUGUCCGAUGUUGCAAAAAAGUGAAAAAUUAGCAACAUCAUCAACAACAACAACUCCAUUGUCAGCUGGAAAAUCAAUGAAUAAUCGUAAUCAUCAAAACAGUACAAUUAGCGUAACAAAUUCACCGCAUCAAAAGAAACUUAAACAAUUGGCUAAAGAAAGAAAGGCAAGCAGAACACUUGGUAUUAUAAUGAGCGCCUUUAUUAUUUGUUGGUUACCAUUUUUUUUUCUUGCAUUAGUCAAACCAUUUAUCAAAGAUCCACAAUCAAUACCAAUGUUUGUAUCGAGUAUAUUUCUUUGGCUUGGCUAUUGUAAUAGUCUUUUGAAUCCAAUUAUUUAUGCAACAUUGAAUAGGGAUUUUCGUAGGCCCUUUAAAGAAAUUUUAUUUUUUCGAUGUAGCAAACUUGAUCUUAUGAUGAGGGAAGAAUUUUAUCAUAGUCAAUAUGGUGAUCCUGAAAAUAAAUAUAUUAGAUCAGGUGAUGAAAUUGGAGUUCAUCGUGGCGAUAAUCAUUGUGUUGAAGCCAUUGAUGUUGCACCCAACACACCUAAUGAAAGUUUUCUAUGAUCCAAGUGAAGUCGAUUAUCACUGUUAUUCAAAUAAUCUUCUAAUAAUAUAAUAUAUCGAAAAAAAGAAGCAUAUUCUAUAAGUAUAUAGAAAAUAUGAGGAUUAUUAUUUUUUUCAUCUGAUGGCAAUUUUUCAUUUUUUUUUAAAUUUAAUUUUAACUACAUAUAAAGGUAUUUUAUUUUAUUUAAAAAAAAAAUUAACUGUAACUUAACCUCAAAAUAAAAAAUGGUUAAAAGACCGAAAGAAUUCCAUUUAAUUUAAAACCCCUCAUACAACAGUUUUUAUGGUCGCUGAAUGCAAAUCUGAUGUUAGUUUUCCAAAAUUAAAAAUGGCGGAUUCAAAAUGUCGGACAAAAAAAUUUUUAAAAUCGAUCGAAAUUGCUUGAAACUAUUUUAUCGUGAGUUCUUUGGCCGCUGAUUGCGAAUCAAAAAAACAAUAAACACACGGAAAAAAAUAUUUUCCUGAAACAGCGAAAAGUUUCACUAGAAUAGCGAAAGAUUUAACUAAAACAAGUAAAACAAAUUCAAGUUAUAGUAAUUUAUUUCAAAACAAGUUGGUUUAAAUAAAAAUUUGAUUAAACAACUUAAAAUUCGUAAUCAGCGUCCAGAAAAACCGCCCCGAGAAAAGGGUUUCAAGACAUUUGGAUCGAUUUUAAAAAUUUUGCCCACCAUUUUGAAUUUUGGAAAACUAACAUCAGAUUUGCAUUCAGCGAUCAUAAAAACUGUUGUAUGAGGUGUUUUAGAUUAAAUGGAAUUCUAUCGGACUUUUAAUUCAGGAAUUUAUUUUUAAAUUUCCGAACUUAUUGCCAUUUAUGCGCCAUAUUGGAGUCGCCAUUUAAAAUUCCAAAAAACGCCACUUGGCAUUCGAAAGUAUAAAAAUUUACGAAUUUUUUAAGCCCCAGAACAAAUUGCAAUUUUUAUCUAAUUUUUAUAAAUAGUAGUUUAUUUUGAAAUAUUCUCUACAAUCGUAAGUUUUUCACGAUU